AAUGCAGCAGCUUUCACACAGAGAAGCCGAAGCGGAAGUUUCUCACCACCAACCAGACAGUUUUCAGACAGAAACCUGGAAACCAAAGUAUCAGUCUUAGAGGAACAAAGUUUGCAUUCCCUUCAGUAGGGAGAGGUCCUUGACGACAUAUCUGAUGAAAACCAGCAUUGCCAAAAAAGGAACAUCAGACAGAGGUGGUAUUGUGAUUGGUUGCUUUGUGCUUCAGUACCUGGGUGACAUUUAAAGGACAAACUUUAUUCAGUUUUUCUUCGCACCUGUCGUCCUCUUUUCCCGAUCGAGAGCGAGGAUGACCACCGAGAAGGCCGACGAUUACACUCCCGUGGCGGUGGGCACCGCUCAGCCUCCUGACCUCGAUCAGCCUAAUUUUCCUGCCGCGUUUGGCUUCACUGUUCCGGGCCCGGAGGUGCACGGCGGGGCCGUCCUUGCCCCUGGCGGCCUGCCGUACCCUCCUCCUCCACCGGUCGCCUUCCCCUCCGUGAUCCCCGGAGCCUACGGGAUGACGGUGAAGCCACAAGAUGGAAGCUCAGGUUAUGUCAACCCCAAUUACCCAGGCUAUCCAGAAAAUGCCCCGCCGUAUUCUCCACCUGCCCCAGGCUUUGUUGACAGCUAUAGUGGUGGGAAUCCUUACCUCAGUGAGGAAGCUCCUCCACCCUUCAAUGAGAAUCAAGACUUUGAUUUUGGAUUAGACAACAAGAGCAUAAGAAGGGCCUUUAUUAGAAAGGUGUACUUGGUGUUAACCGCUCAGCUCAUGGUGACAUUCGGAUUUGUGGCUGUCUUCACCUUUGUACACCAAGUGAAGUUUUUUGUUAUAGACCACAUGUGGACAUAUUUAUUGUCCUAUGGAGUGUUUUUGGGGUCGGUUUUCGCGAUCAGCUGCUGCGGAAAUGUCCGCCGAAGACACCCCUGGAAUCUGGUGGCGUUGUCCAUCCUGACGCUCAGCAUUUCCUACAUGGUGGGUACCAUUGCCAGCUUCCACGAAACCGAGGCUGUGAUCAUGGCGGUGGGAAUCACUGCCUUCGUUUGUUUUACGGUGGUCAUUUUCUCCAUGCAGACCAAGUAUGACUUCACUUCCUGUUACGGCGUGCUUUUUGUUUGUUUGCUGGUCCUGAUUCUCUUCAGCAUCCUCUGCAUCUUUCUGCAAAACAACAUCCUGCAGAUUGUCUACGCUGGACUGGGAGCUUUGCUCUUCACAGCAUUCCUGGCUGUGGACACCCAGCUGCUGCUUGGCAACAAGGAGCUCGCUCUGAGCCCAGAGGAAUAUGUCUUUGCUGCUAUCAACCUGUACAUGGACAUCAUCAACAUCUUCCUCUACAUUCUCGCUCUCGUCGGAAGAGCCCGAGGCUGAGCGGAGGGAGUGUCCGAUGGCGAUCAAGGCAGAACAUUAUUUGGAAUUUGCAUAAAGGACCAAGUUUCCAUAAUCAAAGCUUUUGACUUGCUUUCUAGUGUGUAUUUAACAUAGGGUUAAAUGCUGCUCUUGUUUCACCCAGUGUAAAUGCUUAUCUUAAAUUGAUGCUGUCAGUAGUGUUUGGUUGAUAACUGAAGUUUUCUUUGUUGAACUUAUUUUAAAAUCAUAUUUUUGUUUAUGGGGAGAUCUGAUUAAAGCUCAGCUGGUGAGCAUCUAAUGAGGGAUUCACACUUAAGGAGUGCAAAUAGGUCAGUGUGCUUGAUGCAGUUUUCCACUGGUAUGACUGUAUGAUGAUGUCUAAAAUUAUUUAGUCACCAACCAAAGACCAUGAAAUCAUAAUAUAUCGGAUCAAGGUUGAUGUUUUGCUGCAGCCGUCAGUAGGAAUGUGAAGGGAAAUUGGCAAAAUUGUGGGAGCCGAGUCUCUGAGGACACCCCUGCUAAAAAACCUUAUUGAAAAGUGACUACAAAGUGGUCGUUGUGAAAUAUUUCUAUACUGUUUUUUCCAAAGUACUGUUUGAAAUUCUAUACUGUUUUCACUAUGGUCUACAGUCUUAAGUACUUUUGUAAACCUGAUGUCUGUUCUUUAUUUGGAAUAAAGUCUGAACAAUUCUA